CUGCCGUCGUGGCUUCUGACAUUUUUGCUAUUUUUCUGGAGGAUAAAUAAAAUAUUUUACGCGGUGCUUUGUGUACAAAAUAUUGUGGUCUAUUGUGGCGGAAAAUCGCAAAUUGUGCGCUAAAUAGUCACUGUGGAGUGCUGACAAGGUGUUGAGCAUUGUGGCAAUAGUGCGAAAAUGGAGAUAAAGAAUCUCGAUUUGGACAAAAUCUGUCGUGUUUGUCUCACGGUGAAGAAGGAUAUGCGCCCCCUUUUCGGCGAAAUGGUGGCGGAUAUGCUGAUGGACUUCGCGCGGGUACAGAUUGAGAACACCGACGGCUGGCCGGACAAGAUAUGCGUGCAGUGCGUGCAUCAGGUGAGUCGCUGUCAUGCGUUCAAGAAUCGCGUGGAGAAGUCGGACCAGCAGCUGCGGCAGUACAUCAAGGGCAUCACGGUGAUCGUGGAGGAGGCGCUGCCCAAGGAGAUGACCAUCACACAGAUCGAGCUGCAGCGCGGCGACAUACAGCGCGGCGAGGUGCAGUCGCACACGCUCCAGUCGCCGCAGCGGCAGGAGUUCCAGAUCGUCAAGUCGUCAGAUCUGCACUCCGUGACCGCCAGCGAGGCGCAGCCGCAGCAGAUGAUCAUCACGAAUGGCCAGAUACACAAUGCCCAGCUGCUGAACGCCGCCGGGCAAAUCGUCACGUCGCACGGGCAGCCGAUGACGGUGCAGACGGGCGCGCAGAUCGUGCAGGCUGGCCAGAUCAUCCACCAGGGCCCCAUCGUGGCCGGCAACACGCUGCAGAUGAUCAACCAGAACGGGCAGACGCAAGUGGUGCAGAUUCAGCGGACCAGUGACGAUCGCUGCGAGAUUAUCGUGCAGCCCGAGAUGACGGGCGGCGGCGAGACGCACUAUUACGAGGAUGGCAUGAUCACCAUCAGCACACAAGCCAUAGAAGCCGAGGAUGAGUCACAGAUCAUCGAGGAGGUGGAGGAGGACGAGGAGGAGCAGCAGGAGACGUACACACUGGCGGUGUCGGAUACGGAGGAGCAGGAGGACAAGGAAUACCUCGCGGAGUUCAUCAGUCUGCAGACAUCGUGUCCCACGCCCGGGCGAUACGUGUGCAAUCUCUGCCGGAAAGAGUUCAGGCACAGCAAGUGGCUCCACACUCACAUGAAGCAGCACUCAAAUUGGAUAAAGGCCAACUGCAAGAAACAGCCGCAGUGUCAGGUGUGCGGCAGGAGCUUCAAGGGACCCGGCAUGCUGAAAAUGCACAUGAAAACACACGAAGUGAAACCAGCCGAUAAGAUACCAACGUGCUCCAUCUGCAACAAGGAGUUCAAGUCAAAGACCAUCCUGUACAGGCACAGGCAGACGCACUUUGAGAAAACCUUCCAAUGUGAGCUGUGUACAAAGAGUUUCGUCUCGAAUUACCAUCUAAAAACACACAUGGCCAAACACAACAAAUCCGCUGCGGAGAACAAAUUGAAAUGCUAUCCGUGUGAUAAAACAUUCGCGAGUGCAAGUGAAUUAAAGUCUCAUGUCCAGCAGCAUCUCUCCAACAAUGUAAAACUUGAGUAAGCAUAGAGUGUAAGAACAAGAACUUGUCAUAAGUAAUUCAAGCUAUAAACUUGUAGAAAUGUAAUAGCUCUUGGAUGUUGUGUGGACGACGUUUCGAGAGGUAUUAUUGUGUUUUAGGUAAAUGAAGAGAAUAAGGAGGUGAAGAGUGUUGAUAUCAAAACAAAAAAAGAAGGGGAAGAAGAUGAUGAAAAAAAGUGUAGAACUUGCGAGAGAAACAUAGUGUUAAGAGAAAAUUGUUUAAGCAUUGAAUCAAUGGUUAAGAAGUGACGAGUAAGAAUUACACGAUCGAGCACCUGAUUUGUCAAAUUAUUAUCAAGUUUUUUACAUUUUAUUACCUAUUCUUAUGUAAUAUAGCGAGGAGACAUUACAAAAAAAACACACACACAAGAAAAGUGGAAAAUCUACAACGGUAAUUAGGAAUUUUUUUUUGGUUUAACUUCUUGAAUGUUGUAGAACUGUCGAUUCUCAGAAAGAUGAUAUUUUUGAACGCAGGUAUAUGAGCAAACUGAGGCCACGCAGGGCGAAAAGCGGCUCAAGCAAUAAUUGUACAAUAUUUGACUCCUUAUGAUAGAUGAAUGAUGAUUUUAUUUGUCUGAUUUUUUUUAUCCAAUCAAACCUUUGUGUCAUAUUUGUUUUAUGAUAAUUCUUUAAGAGUGAGAACAGAUCAUUUUAAGGAGGGGAAUUUUAAUUGUGAACAAAACUUUGAUAUUCAUAUUGAGAUGGUGAAGAAAUUUAUUUUUUAAUUUAAAUUCUUGCAAAGAAUUCACUAAAAGUGCACAAUUCAAGUGUUUUAUUAUUAAUUCUCAAAUGUGACUGAGAGAAAAGUUUUUCGUAAUUCGAAAUAUUUCGGGAAAUAUUUCAUUUCACUUCUUUUGCAUUUAUGAAUAUAAUUAUUGCGUCAUGUGGAAAAAAAGUGUUUGCAAUGCGCUAUUGUCGAGAAAAAAUGUGUUAUUUUCAACACUAUGCAAAUCAUGUUUUAUUUUUUUUUAAUAGGGUUCCUUUUGUGAAUGCACUGAUAAAAAAAGAGAUCCUUUUGACACCCAAAACAUAUCACUAGAAAUUGGAUUUACAGCAAAGAGUAUUCCAGUGAAGAAAGAAAGCCAGUUGUAGCAAAUAUAAUUUACUGAAGAGCGCGGAAUUGGGGAUUUGCGAGAGGAACAAUGCCGAUUUUGGUCCGCUAAUAAUGAAGGGAGCAUGAAAAGUUUGCCACAUGCCUGUCUCAACGUUGAUUCACAAAGGAGCACAAUAUUGAUCUGUAGACACACAAAAAGAGCAAAGUUUCUUUAAAUCUCAUUAAAAAGUAUCAAAUUGGUAUAUGGAGAUGUGGAUGGGAAGGAGUGUUGGAGUCUUUAUAUAGGCGGAGAUAUAGAUAUAUAAGAUACUAUAAAGCAUAACAGUGACUACACUACAUAGAAAGAGAGAGGGACAGAGCGAGAGAGAGAGAGGAUAACAUUUUAAGUCUUUGUUCAUUUGAAAGUUAAUGAAGGGACUAUAAAUUGGAUAAGCGGAAAGGAGAGAGAGGAGUACAUCUGUAUUUCAGCAUUGGACGCUGCAAGGAUAAUUUUGGUCUUUUCAUCAUGAAAUGAGGACACGCGGAUAUAUUGCUUUUGGAGGUACGGUUUGGUUUUUUGCCAUGGCAGUAUACAUAAUUACACUUUUUUGUGCAAUUUCGAGGACAAUUACAAGGGAAAGAUGUCACAUUGUAAAUAGUAUGAUAAUUAAAUUAUGAUGAAGAUGAUGAGGGAAAAUCUGAUAAAUGUAUAGCAAGGAAAAAAGAAAGAGAGAUUCUGGCGGAGCAUUAAUGAGGGUGACACAUUGAAGGCUGGAAAAGAGAUGGAUUGGAAUGCGAGGAGAAAUUGCUAU